AUGCGGCGAUUUUUACGAGGAGUGACCUGGGCUCAGUGUCGAGUGACUCACCUUUGUUCGCUGCGGCGCAUUAAAUUUAGAGAGGACCUGCGCAACAUUGCGGUCAUUGCUCAUGUCGACCAUGGCAAAACCACACUGGUGGACACCAUGCUAAGGCAAUCGGGCACUUUGGUGGAGGCUCGAAAUCGUGUGAUGGACAGCAAAGAUCAAGAGAAGGAGCGGGGCAUUACGAUUCUUGCGAAGAAUACUGCCAUUUUUUUACCCAAAAGGACUGCAAGUCAAUCAGAACGUCGCAUUAAUAUUGUGGAUACACCUGGUCACUUGGAUUUUUCAGGUGAGGUUGAACGAGCGCUUCAGAUGGUGGAGGGCAUCGUUUUAUUGGUCGACGCCAAGGAGGGAGUUCGCCCUGGAACGCGAUAUGUUCUUCGUAAAGCUCUUAGCCUUAACCUCAAGCCGAUUGUUUGUCUGAAUAAAAUUGAUAGGGAUGACACAAACAUUAAAAAAACGGAGGAUGCUAUGCAGGAUCUUUUUCUGGAGACUGCAGAAAAUGAGGAACAACUUGAAAUUCAUUUCAUGUUUGGAUCGGGUCGUGAUGGAUACAUGAAUGAUACGCCAAAGAAAGGGGGAACUCUUGAUCCUCUUUUUGAAAAAAUAUUUAGCACUGUGCCAGCACCACACUGCAAGGGGGACGAUGCGCUGCAGAUGCUUGUGGCCCAAGUUGAACUGGAUGAAUCCACAGGGCAUAAAAUUGCUAUUGGUCGUAUUUUCAGUGGUAAAGUCUCAGUUGGUGAUAUCGUUACGGUAGCUUUGGAAGAAAAGGAGGUGGAUGCCCUUGUUAAAAAUAUUCAGCUUUUUGUUGGGGUGGAGAGGUCUAAUGUUCAAAGUGCGUCUUACGGUGAUAUUUGUAUUCUCACCCUUCAAGAACCUAUUGGCCAGAAGGUGCCCGUCAAGAUUGGGUGUACCGUGUGUCAGCAAGGCGUUGUGGACCGAUUUCCGUAUCGCAAGCCAGACGAGCCCACCUACAGUCUUGUGAUGCAAGCCAGUGAAGCACCUUGGCGGAAAAAGGAGGCAGACGAGCGUUUGGGCACCAUUUUGGCCUUGCAAAAACGUUUGGAGCGUGAGGCAAUGGUGAACACUGCGCUACAACUUUCAGGGUUGGGUACUCCACACAUUACAUUAAUGGGUCGUGGUCCACUUCAUCUUUCUGUCAUUGUGGAGGACAUGCGGCGCGAAGGGUAUGAAUUUGAGAUUCAAGCACCCCGUAUCUUAACAAGAGUCAUCGAUGGAGUAAGCUGUGAACCAUAUGAACGAAUUCAUUUGGAAUUUUUCGAAGGCCUUGUGUCGGAUAUGGUAUCUUUUUUAAGCAGUAAGAUGGGGGAGAUUGGUGAAAUUAGACAAUUUUCGAAUGGGCGUGUUUUAAUGGAUUGUGUCAUGCCCGUUCGCUUUAUGUCACAAGUUCCACUGCGCUUCCAUACGCUAACGGGGGGAGAUGGUGUGCUUAACCACAGCUUUGAGGCGUACAGGCCCAUGACUUCAGUGCAAGUUACACGCGAGACGGGCGCGCUGAUUUCUGUCGAAAACGGUGAGGCGACAGAGUGGUCGCUUUCAGGACAGGCGCAACAAGGCCGCUUUUUUGUCUUGCCGGGUGAUGCCGUUCAUUAUGGGCAAAUUGUAGGGGAGAACAGCAAGACGCUCUAUCAAAAUCUUGGCAUAAAUGUUUGUAAGCGCAACGAGCAACUGGGUGGGCUGCGUUCAAAUGCCAACGAUAAGGCAAUUAGAAGAAGGGCUUCCUUCACCGCAUUCCGUGCUACAUUUGAGGAUUGUGUUGCAUGGGUGACGGACGAAGAAUUGGUCACGGUGACACCAAAAUCAAUUCGCAUGCGGCAGCCAAAGUUCAACGGCAAAACGACGAUGCGGAACGCAGCGCAAAAGAGGUAG